AUGCGAAAUCACCAAAGGAAGACAGAAAACAAGAGAGAAACAAGAGCAAAUGAAUAUUCUAGAGAAGCCAUACGAUCUACAAAGGAAGAAGAAGCCAGACGAUCUAGACAGAGAGUGUUUGGGAAUUCGGAUUUGAUGCCCCGUCCACCACAGCAACAGAGAGUGGUUCAGAAAGUUGGGACGGCGGUGCCAAGGAUAAUGGUAGAAAUGCCUGUGAUGAGGAGGUUCUAUGAGCCACCUCUGGCAAUAUCUAAGCAGAGGGCAAUAGCAUUUGUGGAGGCACAAUUGGGGGAGCCAAUGAGAGAGGAUGGGCCAAUUCUUGGAAUGGAGUUUGAUCCCUUGCCUCCUGGUGCAUUUGGUGCACCAAUUGGUAUAUUACUUGACCCAAUUUAA